AUGGGUUCACUUUUAGCAUCCAAACAACAGCAAGAACAGCAGGCAAAAGUGGCAGAAGAAGCCGCAGCUGCAGCCUCUAGAGCAAAGGCAGCUGCAGCAGCAGCCGCAGCAAAAGGUCCCGCUGUCGGGAGUAUGACCGCAAUUGCGAAUGCUGCCGCUGAUAUGAUUAAAGCGGCUCGGAGUGGCGGGNGCCUUGAUCAUCACUCCUAA